AUGUCUCAACUCCUUCAUAACAUUGAGAGCAUCAUCAGGAUUUUCGAUAAGUAUGCAAAAGAGAACAAAGACUGCACAGCGCUGAGCAAGGGGGGACUGAAGCAGCUUAUCCAGAAGGAGUUUGCAGAGGUGAUUGUGAACCCACAUGAUCCCAAGACGAUUGAGACAGUGCUUCAGCUGCUUGACACAGACUCUGAUGGCAAGGUGGACUUUGAGGAGUUCACAGUGCUGGUGUUCAAAGUGGCAAAAGCUUGUUAUAAGGAAGUUCAGCAGUGCCAGGAUGGACCAGCAGAAGAGCUGUCUGACAAAGGAGUCAGCAGUACACAACUACAGGAUGAGGAGCCACCCAAGGAAGACUCACAAAUUCAACCAACCACAGCCGCAGAGAAUGCUCCAGAAGAUGCAAAAUCAGAAAGGACAUCACCAGAACAAGAAGAAUAUCCAAAGAGCCAAUUGUCAGAGGAGCUUUCUUUGACUGAUUCAACUCAAAGAGAAAACAAAGAUCAAGAAGCAGUAAAGCAGGAAGCUACUCAUGAAGAAAAGAGAGCUGAGCAGGAUCAUGCCCAGACUUCCCAUCAGGAUCCUCAAACCACAACUGAGGAAGCCAGAGGCCAAGAUAAACAAGAACCUCUCACGCCAGAGUCACAACAGAGAACAACCCACCCUUCAUCACAAGCAUACCAGACAGAAGAGGAGGUCCAGGCUGGCCACCAGGAAGUAAAGGUCAAAGGACCAGAGCAAGAUCAAGCAAUGCAACCCACUGCCCAUGAGGGGCAGCAACUCCUGAGUCAGAAUGAGACAAGGAAACCACAGACAGGAGAAGAGGAUUCAGUCAACCCAAAGCCAAAGGAGUCACUGGAAGAAGAGCAAGGACCAAACUAUAAACAGGCACAAGAAUCUGAAACAUCAGAAGGGAGAUCAGCUUCCCAGAUCAUCCAGGAUCCUCAAUCAGCUCUCCUAGAACACCAGGAAGACAAACCUUUGACUUCAGAGCAAUCUCCAGCCCAUCAACAAGAGGAGAUAUCUCAAGGAAAAGAAGUUCCAACCCACCUCCAAGAAUCUGAGAUCCAAGAACAAGACCCAAAUUAUGAACUUGAGGAGGACUCCAAGGAGGAACCAGCAGAUGAAUUGUCCCAAGGGACUUCGAGAGAAGCUCAAGAGCUAGCACCCAUCCAACAAGAAGAAGAAGGACAUAAGUCUCUUACAGCAGAACAGCGUCCAGCUGGUCAACAAGAAUGGCAGGGUCAAGAGUCUGAACAG